AUGACUGUUUCUGAAACAGUCACAGCCGACACGAAGAGCAAAAUAGAUGCAGCUGUGCAAUACACGCGCCAAGCGGAGCGGCUAGCGCAUCUGACGCCAGGGCAAGAGGAUGAUCGAACAGGCGCAACGACUGCGAAGGAAGCUAUCUUUGUGACACCGUACGAUCCUGUCAUUGCAACUGCAAAUGGCGGCCGUCUCCCAGCCGUGCCACUUUUAGAGGCCGAGAAACUCAAUGCGCUAAAAGACGAGCUUGAAGGUGACUCGAUUCCGUCCAAAGACUCCUUGGAAAGUUCAACGGGCCAUCACGGUGCAGAGGAGGACGAGAAAACCAAGAUGGACGGGACUGGAGAGCUUUCCUCAAAACAAUCCACAGAACCGGGCGCGCCUCUUCGAGAGGCCGUGCCGCCGUCACGCACAAAUCCGUUGUUCCCCCCGCUCCCAUUAUACGGGCCGCCGACGCUAUUGCGGAACCUGCAAUGUUUCAGUUUCCGGGUGUCAUCCUUUUUCCUUUCUUUGUCUUUUCUUGGCGUCAUCGUUUUGGGAGCGGCCUUUACCAGCUUACCGCUCAUAUUUCGUAAUACCUGGUUUCGACUUACAUUCAGAAAUCCCGACGCGCUUCGCCCGUUUCAUAAGGAGGAGUGUCGCCGAAAAAAGGCUCGAAGAGAAGCAGAAAAGGACUGGAAGCGUCGUCAACGUCGACGCAACAGCCAAACAAAGAUGGAUGACAACGAAGUCGAUGCGGCCCAAAAGGCCGCGUUCGAGCCCACGGAAGGAGGCAAAGACAAGUUGAUUUGCGACGUUGGCUAUUAUGCCCGCCGCGUCGGUCUCAACGUGGAAGAGUUUCAAGUGCAAACCGAAGAUGGAUUCAUUCUGCAAUUGUGGCACGUCUACGACCCAAAAGAAUACCAACCCGUCCCGGAUAGUGACCGCCAGGAACACGGCCCAGAAGUUUUUCCCGAGGGCCAGGCUACCCAAGGCCAAAAGAAGGGAGCUUCUGGCCGGCAAUUUAGAGACGGCCAGAGAAAGUAUCCUGUCCUACUCGUACACGGACUUUUGCAGAGCUCAGGGGCCUAUUGUUGCAACGAUGACGAGAGUCUCGCGUUUUAUCUAUGUAAGAGUGGAUAUGAUGUGUGGUUAGGCAACAAUCGCUGUGGUUUCCGGCCUCAGCACCAGAUGCUCACCUACAGUGAUCCUCGUAUGUGGGCCUGGAAUAUCAGGCAGAUGGGAGUGAUGGACUUACCAGCACUCAUUUCAAGAGUGUUGAGCGAGACAGGAUUUGAGAAGCUUGGUCUCAUAUGCCACUCGCAAGGGACGACGGAGACGUUCGUUGCCCUGGCCAAAGAACAGCGGCCAGAUUUGGGGUCCAAGAUCAGUGUAUUCUGCGCCCUCGCGCCCGCAGCAUAUGCCGGUCCACUUAUCGGCAAAAUGUAUUUCAAAUUUAUGCGUAUCAUCUCACCUGGUCUCUUCCGGCUGAUCUUUGGCAUUCAUGCGUUCAUUCCUUUCAUGAUGAAGAUGCACUCCCUUCUUCCUGGUCGACUUUACGGCGCACUAGGCUACCGUGUCUUCUCUUUCCUUUUCAACUGGACAGAUGACCGAUGGGAGCGAGAUCUUCGCGAUCGCAUGUUUCAAUUCGCUCCCGUAUAUGUCAGCGCGGAGAGCAUGAGAUGGUGGCUAGGUCGGGAGUGCUUCGCCAAGCAGAAAUGCAUCCUCGCUACGCGUGAGGUGGGUCAAAUGGAGGAGAAUGAGGAUGAGGAGGAGGCGAUGGCCACGGAGACGCCCGAAGAAAACCAGUCCUCAGGGGCCGGCCCCUCGGCUGGAGCUCCCCAAAAGGACAAAGGGCGUACGGCUUGGUACGACGAGCAGGUGCCUCCUUUCGCCAUGUGGAUCGCCGGGUCUGACGACCUAGUUGACGGUCGGAGACUGUUACGACGAUUCGAACGGGGUCGAGAACCGUAUGUUCAGUUGGUUCAUGCUAAGAUUAUCGAGGAGUACGAGCAUCUUGAUGUUAUAUGGGCUAUGGAUUCGAUAGAGCAAGUAGGGAACGAGGUUCGCGAAGUUAUAUGGAAAACUGCGCCAGAGGCCGCACGCCAAGUUUGUCGUGUCCCUCAGGGAUGUGAUGAAGUGGAGCCGUGGGAGCCCAGCACUGAGCCGCCAAGAGUGAGAUCUUCUCAAGCCAUUGUUUCGAAGGUUUGA